UCUUUUUUGUCAUUUGUCACUUUGAGCCAAAAACAAUUUUUCACUCGUCGGAAAUUAGAGCUCUUCAAAAGCAGCAUCAAAUUGCAAAAGGAUACAAAAAAAAAACUAUAAAUCAAAAAGCUGAUUAGCAAGGCAAGAAGGAGAAGGCAUUUUGGAAAGAAACAUCUAGAACAUUUAGAGUUGGGACUGACGUCAAAGCAGAGAAAAAAGAAAAUGGAGUUCAUCAAGAAAAAAAUGCCAGAAAUGAAGUAUUAUUACGGAAUUGAUGAGAAUAAAAAUCCAAAUACUCUUCAAACUUCAAAUAGCCGAAGUGUUAAGGAAGUAUUUAAGAAAAUACCAACGACUGCGCCAAAACAAUUCUAUGUGGAUCCAAGGAUAAUUUCGAAAUAUGAGAAUAGCAAGAAAAAUGAUCUGAAUUUGAGUAAUGAUUAUCAAAAGCAAGCUAACACACAAAACGCUCUUGACGAAUCAUCUUGGAUCGAUUCUAUAGAUCUUCAACUCAUCAAACAAUUGGAAGAUUCGCUGCCGCCACUUGAGGAAUUGUGCAACACAACUUGUCAAUUGCCAAAGAAUACUUUUAGUGCCACACGCAAAUUCUACGAAGAGUUCAAAUACGAAAUUCAAGAUCUCGUCGAGGAAGAAGCAGUCACGAAGCCAGCUCAGAGCGUAAAGGAAAUUCAGAAAAGUCCCAAGAUACCGCGUUGCCGAACAAGAAUUGUGGAGUCGAAGAGAUUUAAGAUCCUUACGCUGCGAGAGUACAAUUUGCAAAAGGAGAAGCAACAAUUGCAAAGAGCUAAACUAAACAAUGAAAAUGUAUACACAUUAAAAAUGCCAUAG